AAUGAAUGAAAACAAAUGCGAGUUAGAUAUUGUAGUAAACAUUCAUAUUUUGUUCUGUAGAAAGAUACUAUUUAUUGAUAUUGCUUGGAGCUAACAAUUACACCAUGGCUGAAUCAACGAGCGGUGAUAAAUUCGAAAUUCCACAGGAUAUGGCACGAAUAUUAUAUGAAGAAGGUGCUUUAUUGAUUAUUGCUGGGGUUCCAGUUGGCACAGAAUUCGGAGUGGAUUUGAGUACAAAUAAAGUUGAUGAAAUGUUUCGAGGAGUGAAAAUGAUUCCACCAGGCACUCAUUUUGUGUACACAGCCGCUGAGGGUAUUUAUGGUGAUACAGCUGCUCGUGUUGGGUUCGUUCAUUAUUUUAAGAAACAAGAGAUUGUUAUUCGCGAAUGGGACCAAAACACUGAGGAGCUCCGACAUCGUUCCAGUGCAAACAUUGAAAGAGACAAAGCUCGUAUACGCGAAAAUCUAGCAGAUCUUGACAAAUUUUUGGCACCCUAUGAUUUUCAACAGCUCAAGAAGUGGCAACAAUUGUCAAACGAAAUUACCGAAGAGGUUAUAGCCCGAACUGAACCUGAAUGUAGCGGAGUUAUUCGAUCUUCGGCCGAAUUUCAAUCAUGCUCAGAUGCAGAUCGACCAAAAGGUCAAUCGCCUCUCACUCGACCUGCAAAAAUUCGACCGAAUCAAACGGAAGAUGAACUCUUACCUAACUUAAAAGUGGUGCAAGGAACAGCUCCACGAUUCACUAAAAUUCCAGCAUUGUAUCCAAAUUCCGCAAGCCCAGCUGAAAUAUCGGAAAGCCAUUUAGAUGCUAUUCGUGCCAUUGAAACUUAUUUCAGCGCAUUUCUGGAUCCAUUUGAAGCGAUUCGUGAGAUACAAAUGUCGUUUAUCCUCUUCCUGUGUGGUUGUUCUGUAGAUGCAUUGGCACAUUGGCGAAAAAUUUUGGGCUUACUAGCAAAAUCUGAUUCGGCAGUAUCAAAGUUCAAUUGUUUUUAUCGUAGAUAUUUAGAAAUACUUAAAAUACAGCUGCCUGAACUUCCCGAAGAAUUGAUGAUGCCAACGUCAAAUAAUACCGUUUAUAAAGACGUUCGACAGUUGAUUAUUAAUUGUUCAUUGGGUGGAUUAAAAGAUGAAGCAGAUGUAUUUACAGCACAGUUAACAAGUGUAAUGUCGUGGUAUUUCGAUGAUUUGUUCGACGAAAAUCCAGAAGAUCUCCCUGUAAUAGUUGAGAUUUAGUUCCAACUCGAUUCCGGAAUGAUAUCCGAUAUUCAAUAAAGCAAUUGAUUAUUACAAUGAAAAAAAGUAUACAAUUUCAGUUGAUUUCAGCAGUGCUAAUCGAUUCUCCAUCAAAAAUUCAAAGAUCAAUCGUUUAUUAUUCUUCAAACAACUCAUUUUGAUGCAAGCAAUGUCAGAGCAUUGCAUGACGGCUGAGUAAGUAUGAAUCAAUGGCAAGCUCGUUACUCAGCCAUCCACCGUGUUUUACCUACGAUAUAUACCAACACGUACAUAAUACCUAAAUAUAUGCCAAUCAAAUGCUGCUUCUACAAACAAUUUAUCGCACCACAUCAAUGUUACCAAUUCAUAAAUGUUUAAAAAUAAUGCACGUAAUUUUUUUUUUGCCGUAAUGGUGAUUGAUUGUGUUAGUUGUUGAUAUAAACAAUCGAAAAAAAGACACGACUAUUAUCUGUGUCAUCCAAUGAACAAGCUACGGUUUUUACUGUCAUAUCCAAAUGCCAUGGCAACAUCGGUUGCAACAAAACCAAUCACCAAUUAAUUCACAAGCCAACAUGCAACGAACGUUCAAGUAUCUUUUUUAGUCCUGACGUGGAAUCUACUAUUCGACGGCUAUCAUUCGCUUUGGUUGUAAUACCUAGGUCGUAGCUGUAUUCAUAUAUCUUCAUCUUUGAAUACAUAGACAGUUCAAUUUUGUUUUAAGUAACUUUGUACCGUUAAUUACAACCAAAACCAGCUGAAGAUUAAAUCUGAAUUUUUCAAAUACGUUACAACGUAGUAAACAUGAAACAUCAACAAGUUGUUGUAGACUAUUUUCAAAUGUUCAAGACGUCAUUGUCUUGCAUAAUUUUGGUGUUUUUCGUGUGGAUUUUUGUGAAGUAAAUUGAAUAUCGAAUUGUGAUUCAAACAAUGUAGGCUCGAAUUAUUUGUGACAAUUUUUUCCCCUUGAAGGCUUAUCCAAUCGAUUUUCCUGUUGCCACGGUAUUUAGAGCAGAACCAUGUACUCAUAACAAAGUCGCUGGCCCAACAUAGCAUCACAGAUGAGGAACUAAAGGCAUUUGAAGAAGAGGAACAACAGGAAAAGCAGGAGAAGCGGGAACAAGAAAAGGAGAAACAAAAUGCAGAAGAGAAACCGGAGACAACAGCUGAAAUAAAAAAAACAAAUUAAAUUUAAUCUUAUCCGAAAGGGAUCAGGUGUAUGUAUACUAUAUUAAAUCUCAUGGUCAAUAAAUGUAAUUGAGUGUAUUAGUAUUGCACUCUCUAUUCUUUACUAGUCAAAAUGUUCGAAAGUAGGCAGCCGGCUAAUAAUAUUCAAUAUUUUUGAAUUCAAUCAGGCUAGGCAUACAACUGACUAAAGGUGAGUCAUUUUAUUUAUACAUGAGCUAUUAAACAGAUUGAUGAUGAAAACCAUCUUUGAAUUUGAAUGUAGCAUUACCUUAUAAUCACCUCACUUCUUGAUAUUGAAGUGAUAUUUGUUUGUAACUUUCUAGAAGAGAAAAAAAAACGGAAAAAUAAAUUGGGCUCAACUCUCUAAA